AACUCAUCUUCCUUGUUAAAGUAAUCCCACUUAAAUUAUCUCUCUCUUUCUUAUUCUCCUUCCUUCUUCUUGUUUUGUUUUUGGCUGUGUCUGUGUGUUGAGAUUUCAAUCAAAUGGCUUCAACUGCUUCAAAGUUCAUAAAAUGUGUGACUGUUGGUGAUGGCGCCGUUGGUAAAACAUGUAUGCUCAUCUGCUACACCAGCAACAAAUUCCCUACUGACUACAUACCAACAGUUUUUGACAACUUUAGUGCAAACGUUGUAGUUGAAGGCACCACUGUGAACUUAGGACUAUGGGACACUGCUGGGCAAGAAGACUAUAACAGAUUAAGACCUUUGAGUUACAGAGGAGCAGAUGUCUUUGUCCUGUCUUUCUCAUUGGUCAGCCGAGCUAGCUACGAGAAUGUUUUCAAAAAGUGGAUACCUGAACUCCAACACUUUGCUCCAGGAGUUCCAUUAGUCCUUGUUGGUACCAAAUUAGAUCUCCGUGAAGAUAAGCAUUAUUUGGCUGACCAUCCUGGACUAUCCCCUGUAACUACUGCACAGGGAGAGGAGUUGCGUAAGCUAAUUGGCGCCACGUAUUACAUUGAAUGUAGCUCAAAGACUCAACAGAAUGUAAAAGCAGUUUUUGAUUCAGCGAUCAAGGAAGUGAUUAAACCGGUGGUUAAACAAAAGGAGAAGACCAAGAAAACGAAGAAGCAAAAGUCUAACCACGGCUGUUUAUCAAACGUUCUGUGUGGGAGGAGAGUGACUCGGCAUUGAUGUUGAUGAUGACCUGAACUCUAUCUAAUGAUGGCAAAGUCCACUCUUGAGUCUGUGUUAUAAAUGAGUUACAUAUAUAUAUAUAUGUAGAUGGAAUCAUGUAAGAGAGAUGAUUAGCCUAUAAUCAAUCAAUAGCUUACAGUGAAGAGAGAUAGAAGAGCUUACUAGCACUAACUCAAUUAUGUUUAAUUGUUUAAAACCAAUAUAUUAAGCCUUUUUGUUGUACCAGAG